AUGUUGGCCAGGAGGGCUGCCAUACAGGCCCGUAUCGCGGCUGUUGACCGAGACCUAGCGCGGGGCCCCGUGCCGACUCUGGUCGACUCAUUUGGGCGAAAACAUGACUAUUUACGGAUAUCUCUUACGGAGAGAUGCAAUCUUCGCUGCCGGUAUUGUAUGCCUGAGGAAGGUGCUCCGCUCUCACCUUCAGGGAACAUCCUUACCAACGACGAGGUUGUUCGGUUGGCCCGCAUUUUCGUUCAGCAUGGAGUCAACAAAAUACGGAUUACUGGGGGAGAGCCUACUCUGCGUCGUGGGCUCUCAGAAUUAAUACAGGAGCUAAGAAGCCUAGGAGUAAAGCAGAUUGGUAUGACCAGCAAUGGUAUUGCUUUGUGGAAAAAGUUGCCCGAACUAGUCCACAGCGGCCUGACUCAUCUUAAUCUCAGCCUUGACACUCUUGACCCCAAUAAGUUUGAGCGUAUGACCCUUCGCCGGGGGCACGACAAAGUACUCAAAUCUCUUCAUACGGCACUCGCCUUGCACGAGUCAUCGCCAAAUCCCAUGCCAAACUAUUCUGGUCCACAGCUUCACUCUGUCAAACUCAACACUGUUCUCAUUCGUAAUACGAACGACUCAGAAAUAGCGCGUUUCCUGGCUCUUACCCGCUUCAAUCCCUUGAGCGUACGGUUCAUCGAGUUUAUGCCAUUUGCUGGGAAUCAAUGGGACGCAAAUGCAGUAGUGACGGCUUCGGAGCUCCUUCAACGUGCCCGUGAUCUAGUCCGCGGGGGUUGGUUCGACGACAACACGCCCUCGAAUUUGUCCGAUUCCAACGGAAUUAUCUCUUUGCCCCGGGAGCCGACGGAUACAGCGCGAACCUACCGUAUCCAAGGCUUCACUGGGACCUUUGGCUUUAUAUCGAGCAUGUCUGAUGACUUCUGUGCUGGAUGUAACCGACUUAGGAUUACGGCGGAUGGAAACCUAAAGCCGUGUCUUUUCGACCAGAAAGAGACACCGUUAAGAGAUUUGCUUCGGAGCCAGUCACCCACUGUCGAGAAAGACCUAGUGGCAGCAAUUCGCGGAGCCGUUGGAGGGAAAUUUGCUAAACACGGCGUGCCUAAUAGCUCCUUCAGUGACCCCGAAGAAAAUCACGACCAGAGCACCGUACGGAAGGCCGGAGAAAAGAUAGGCGAGCGGUUGGCUCGACCUAUGAUCUUGAUUGGUGGCAUUGGUCCCCAUUUAAAUAGCGAAAAUUCAUCUGAAGAAUGGGAAACAAACAUAUCCCAGUAUUUAUCCCGAGGUUCCAAUUCAACACUGCAUGUAGGAUCAACUCCGGCCCCAACCUCCAACUUGAGGCACCGCUCCUUCCCGGCCUAUAAUUUACUUCCGCUCCCCACUCGCUUCGACAACUCUAUGGUCCCUCAUGCUCGCUGGAACCAUACACCGUCUUCUAAUCUAACACACAUUGAUCCGGAAACCGGCCGAGCGCGGAUGGUUGAUGUGUCCCAAAAAGAUAUCACACAGCGUUCGGCGACGGCCGUGGGGAGAAUUAUCAUUCCUGAACAUGCAUAUCGAUUGAUUAUAGGGGAAACCCCUAGUGGCACAUCCCAUCAAACCUCCCCGACGGUUGCAAAAAAUGAUCCCGCUACAACUUCCCAAGCGGCGCAGGAGCGGAAUGAAGAUAGCUCCGCUAUUAAACCCAAGGGGAAACCUGGCAAGGGAGAUGUAAUAGCAACCGCCCAAAUAGCAGGAAUCAUGGCUACCAAACGCACAUCAGACCUCAUUCCGCUCUGCCAUCCGCUGCCGAUCACCCACGUCGAUGUCAUUCUCGAACCAUCCGUCACGCCUAAAUCAGAAGGACCUUUAGUGUACUCGGUCACGGUCUCUGCCACCGUUCGAACAGCAUCCAGAACAGGCGUGGAGAUGGAAGCCCUAAUGGGAGCUAACGUUGCGUUGCUGACUAUUUGGGAUAUGCUCAAGGCUGUGGCUGGACAACAAAUGACGAUUGAGGGUGUAUACGUAUCACGAAAGGAGGGUGGAGCUAGUGGGUUAUUUGAGAGAAGUAAUGUGUGA